AUGCUAAAAGAAGAAAAAGAGCAUAAAAAAGAAGAAGAGAAAGAGGACAGCAGCACGUCCAGUAAUAAUGAGGUUGACCAUGAUGACCUAUUUGAUAUAAUAAAGAAGGCAAAUAAAGGCCUUGCUGGGUCAGUGCGAACAUCAAAGGACACAACAAAAACACUCACAAAGCAGGGACAUAGUCUGAAGAAGUCCCUUCACAAGAAGAAGAACAUUCGGAAGAGUAUAGGGAAGGAUGAAAAAGCAGUUCAAAAUAUAAAUGCAGAAGGUCACGUAGUGGUUGUUAAGAGCUCUUUCUUCGAUAAAGUGAAGGGUUUCUUCAGUGGAAAAACCUGGCACGAAGAAGCAGUCAACCAGUCUGCAGAGAAGGAAGAAAAAAAGGCAGAAAAAUAUUCAGACGAAGAAGAGAAUGAUGAGUUCAGCUCAGAGGAGAGCAGAGUGGCAGAGGAUCUGGAGAGUACAGGCUCAGAUGUGAGUGAUGAGCUGGAGAAAACACUCGCAGGCCUGCAGUCUCUUAGAAGAAGCGUGCACUUCCAAACACAAAAAAUCAAGUCCCAAAGGCACGCAGCAAAGGAAAUGCAAAUAUUAGACAAGGAUACAACAGAAAGAGCCAAGCAGCUUGAAGAAGAGGCAAAGCACAUAAAAUAA